AUGGGCGAUGCGGGACGAGCGUGUCCCGUUUCACGCAUUGCCGUGAUAGGAGCAGGUCCGGUGGGAAUCUCAUGCGCGAAAUAUCUCCUUGCUGAGAAGGCAUUUGCGACAAUCGACAUUUACGAACAGCGUGAUCGGGUCGGAGGGAUCUGGAAUCUCUCCGCACCAGAACGAUCGAAACGGAUUCCAAUCCCGCAGAUUGAUCCGCGAUACGGCCAAAAACAAACACGACACAGACAUGAGAAUGGCGGCGCCGAGGACGGGCACGGCUCCUCGGAAUUCUCGGAGUCCCUGGAGUUUGAGUCGCCACUCUACGACUAUCUCGAAACGAAUAUUCCGAAGCAACUGAUGGCGUUCUCCGACAAGCCCUUCCCGGAAGAAGAGCCAUUGUUCCCUAGCCACCAGGCCGUGUUGAAGUACUUGGAAGAGUAUGCGGACGAAGUUAGAGGGUUGAUUCGCUUUAACACAGCAGUUGAAAACGUGCGGCCAGUCAGGGAUCAAGAGAAUGGGAGUGAAAAGUGGGAUUUGACGGCGCAGAAUGUUCUCUCAAGAGAGAUUGUCAGAAGCGUGUAUGAUGCCGUGGUGGUGGCAAACGGGCAUUACACUGUGCCGUAUGUCCCAGCUAUCAAAGGCGUCGCGGAUUGGCAUUCUUCAUACCCCACGGCCAUCAUUCAUUCGAAAGCCUAUCGAAGACCAGAGGACUUUAGGGACAAGAAGGUCAUCGUGAUUGGGAACUCUGCUUCGGGGUUGGACAUUGCCGCACAGAUUGGGAAAUAUUGUCGGAAGCCCGUAUUGCUUUCGUCAAGAUCGGUGUCGGCUUUUGGGACAUUGCCGGGUGGUGGGUAUAGGGAAGAUGUUGACGAAGUUGUGGAGUUCUUGUCGCCAAAGCAGGGGGAGUCCAGAGCAGUGAGGUUCAAGAGCGGCAGGAUUGAGAAGGAUAUCGAUGCAGUUGUGUUUGCAACCGGAUACUUCUACUCAUACCCAUUCCUUUCCGGCGUGCUGCCGCCGCUGGUCACUGACGGCUUCCGCACAAGAGGCACGUACCAGCACCUCUUCAGCAUUGACCAUCCGACAUUGGCCUUUCCAGUGAUCAAUCUCAAAGUCAUUCCUUUUCCGCUUUCCCAGAACCAGGCCGCCGUCUUGGCCCGGGUUUGGAGCAACCGGCUUGACUUGCCUUCACCUGCAGAGAUGCGAGAUUGGGAGCGAGACACGGUCCGUCGUAAAGGGGAUGGGAAAUACUUCCAUGUCCAGAAAUUUCCGGAAGAUGCGGCGCAGAUCAACGAGCUCUAUGCAUGGGCACUGCAGGCGAAAAGGAAAGAUGGACUGGAGAAUGAUGGCGCUGGGAAGCUGGGGACGAGAUGGGACCAGAAACGAGUCUGGAUGAGGUCCAAAUUCCCUGAGAUCAAGGCUGCGUACGUCAAGAGAGGUGAAGCGAGACUCCGGGUGAAGACAAUAGAGGAGCUGGGAUUUGAUUUUGAUCAAUGGCGAGAGCAAGUAGAGGAUAAAGACCUGGAAAUGUUCCAGAGAGCACUCUGUUGA